ACGAUGCCGCUGGUGCAGCUCGUGCGAGGCGCAGCGGUGCAUGCUGGGAGCAGGUCUCACCGGAGUGCUGAGCGUUUGAUCUCUGCAGGACGUGGUAUCUGCUCAUCCACGCAGCGUCUCUCCGGUUCGGAGGGAUCUUCCUCAAGCUCUGAUGGAGACCAACCCAAAGUUCUCAUCACAGGGGGGCUCGGGCAGCUGGGGCUGGGGCUCGCCGUGUUGCUGAGGAGGCGAUUUGGGAAAAACAAUGUGAUCCUGUCUGACAUCCGGAAGCCCCCCAGCCACGUCUACGACAGCGGUCCAUUCAUCUUCUCCGACAUCCUGGACCACAAGAACCUCAGGGAGAUUGUGGUCAACAACAACAUCAGCUGGUUGGUCCACUACUCCGCCGUGCUGUCUGCCGCGGGGGAAACGGCGGUCGCGCUGGCUAAAGAGGUCAACAUCACAGGUCUCCACAACAUCUUAGACGUAGCCACCGAUCACGGCCUACGCUUGUUCAUCCCGAGCACCAUCGCUGCCUUCGGGCCGUCCUCCCCCCGGGACCCCACCCCCGAGCUGUGUGUGCAGAGGCCCCGCACCAUCUACGGCGUGGCCAAGGUCCACGCGGAGCUGAUGGGCGAAUACUACCACCACAGGUACGGGCUGGACUUCCGCUGCCUCAGGUACCCCGCUAUCGUCUCCGCUGACCGCCAGCCCGCAGGAGGAACCACAGAUUAUGCCGUCCAGAUCUUCCAUGCGGCGGUGAAGACGGGUCACUUUGACUGUUAUCUGCGCAGUGACACGCAGCUUCCCAUGAUGUACAUCGAUGACUGCGUCAGGGCGACUCUGGAGUUCCUGGAGGCUCCGGCGGACGCACUCGUCAGCCGCACCUACAACAUCAGCGCCGUGGACGUCACGCCGCAGCAGCUCACCCACGAGAUCCAGAAAGUGCUGCCCCACCUGAAGGUGGUCUACAAUGUAGAUCCCGUCCGGCAGGCCAUUGCGGACAGCUGGCCGAAGGCGCUGCAGGACGGCGCGGCGAGGCGGGACUGGGGCUGGAAGCACCAGUACGGCCUCCCAGAGCUGGUCCAGGCCAUGCUGGCCCACAUCAGCCAGGGAAACCAGCAGGAUCGGCCCUGCUGAGCCACACGCCCGCAGCAUCCCACACCCAGCUCUGUCUCAAGAAGGGAAUGUGAUUUUUAGGAUUUUAGCUUUUUUUUUUUAUCUGUUAUUGUUCUGUUUUAUGAAAUCUUAUGCAAAAUAUUUAUGGGGGAACAAAAGGAGAAUGUAUUUGUCUACAGAAGAGUAUUUGGACCAGGCAGGAGAAAAAUAAAAAUAAUAUUUUAGAGGAGGAAGAGUU